GCAGUGAGUGCAAUUUUGAGCAAAUUUGAGCAGCAUCUGCGGCGCGCGAGUGUGCGAUGCCUUCACGCGGAGGACGCGUGUUUAAUCUUACGUGCCACGGGUUUAGGUUAGGCUCGGUACAGAUAGACGACCGCGAAGCAUUCUUAGCCUGAGGUAUGAACAACGCUUUGUUUCUGGAGUGGCUGACAGGGAAGAAGACGAGGCAGGUGUGAGAAGAUGCAGGGAGCGCAGUGGAAAUGACUUCGUAGCGACGUCUGCUUACAUGCGUGGGGAUACCUCAGGAUUUGAAGGAUAAAUGGAUGCGUGCACAGGAGAACGAGAGUCCGGGGACGCUGCUGUCAUCGUCGUCGAGAACGAAGCGGAGAGCAUGCCGGUGCACGAGGAGAAGUCCGGCGCAACCGACCCCAAUUACUUGGACACCUGCCCCAUUUGCCAUCUAAACUUUCACAGCCGGGAGCCCAAACUUCUGCCGUGUCUGCACUCUUACUGCAAGAAAUGUCUGCCUUCGCCCUCGAGGAAUUUGGCCAUGGCAGAUCCCCCGAACUCCCAGGCAGACGCCGCGACCAAACCACUGAACGUGAUCCGCUGUCCCGUGUGCAGGCAGGAAUGUAUGGAGGUGGAUGUGAUGGAUAACGUCUUUGUGAAAGACUCAGUGGAGGCUCCCAGCAGCACAGUGGAGAGGACAGUACAGCUCUGUAUGACCUGUGACGACAACACUGAAGCCGCUGGGUUUUGUGUUGACUGCGUUGAGUACCUGUGCGCCACCUGUGUGGAGGCCCACCAAAGAGUCAAAUUCACCAAAGACCACACCAUCAGACAGAAGACGGAAGUGUCCCAAGAUGUAAACGGCGUGUCGACUCAGAGGCCGAUGUUCUGUGACAUCCACAAACAAGAGCCACUGAAACUCUUCUGUGAGACCUGUGACCUACUGACCUGUCGCGACUGCCAGCUUGUCAAGCACAAAGACCACAAUUACCAGUUCCUUGAAGAUGCUUACAAAAACCACAAACAGCACAUGGAGAGUGUGACCCUUCAGCUGCAGGAGAAAAAGAAACUGAUUGAAGAGGUGUCAAACUCCAUCAACAGUGGACUUCUUCUGGUUGACCAGAAUCGUUCAUCUAUUCAUAACGAAAUAAAGAAAUCCAUCUGCAGUUUAAUUCUUGAGAUCAACAAGAAGGGAAAGAUGCUAGUUAACCAACUUGAGGCUGUAACAAAGGAUCACGAGAGCGUGCUGCGAAAACAACAAGAGGACAUCGGUUAUCUAUCGAGACACCUGGAUCAUGUCAUCAACUUCACAAAAUGGGCCACGGCCAGGAAUGGGAGCACAGCCCUCUUGUACUGUAAACGUUUGAUUCUGUUUCAGAUUGGGAACCUCCUGCGGGCGAAAUGCAGCGCCUCAUUCAUACCACAGAGCACUGUGCGCUUCCAGUGUCGAGCGUCUUACUGGGCCUCAAAUGUUGAUCUGGGCUCUUUAGUGGUGGAGAGUGUACCAGGCCACCAGCUGGGUGGGUUUCAGGGUAUCCCUCAUCAGCUCCCUCUCACUGGGCAAGGCCCCCCGGGCUCCCCCCACGGCUUUGCCAUGGGGGCUCCUCACAGCACUCUGGCUCAGCUCCAGAUGCAGGUGGACAAGCUGAACCCGCAGGCCCACUGGCAGCCGCAGCCGCCCCCUCCACCCUGGACGUGGUACCAGAGCGUCCGGCUGCCGCGAACGCUCCCGGGGUCCCUGCACGGAGGCUCCCCCUCCAACAGCAUGCCUCCCCAAACAGGCCGCAGGUUCAUGGCGCCUCCGCCCAACCAUGUCAGCCCAACCAGCAGCUUACCGAGCCUCGGAUUUUCUCCUCAGCACCAUCUGAGGGCGGUGGGAUGCAGCUCUGGCUACCAAACCAAGCCUGUGGACGUUUGCUCCUCUUACCCUCUCUACACCACUGUAACACCACUGCCCAUGGACGGAGGCGUCGGUUCGCCUAAGUCACAAAAGCCAAUGGAUACUACUUAUGCAAACAGGACGAGCGACUCAUCCGUUGCAGUAUUUAUGGUGAAACCAGUCUAUCCUCAGGACCUGCCGCCUUCGUUUCCCAACAGAAAUGGUACGUCUCUUCCAUGUUACAGUUUACUAUUUUGCAGUGACAUUCAGAAUAUAUGUGAGUUGUGUUUGUCAAGUAAUACGCCAACAGAUUUUAAUUUCUCCCAAGUGCAAGGGCAGCAGAAUUCUCCAGGGUUUGCUGCUGUGUCCCAGGAGGAAAAAACAGGGACUGUUUCUUGGAAACCAUCGGAAACACACCUGGUCGGUGGCGCAGGUGUCUCCGCCGUCAAGAAGAGACAAAGGUCGUCUCCGGGGCCGGUCAUUGUCAUCAAAGAUGAGCCAGAUGACGACAGUGGUUAUGCACAUGCCUAUCUCCGAGCCAGCCUCCCUGACAGCACUAAUGACGAACCCCGGAGAAGCUCCCAACGUGAAGGGAACAAGGCCCCGACUCCUCUUGAAAGUACAGACCACAAACCUCACAGCCCUUCACAGCCUCCCAGCGGGCCCUGGGACUGGAGUAAGACUAAAAAUCUCAUCUGUUUCGUGGGAGAAGAACAGCAGGUAGAGCGAAAUCAAGCUCGGCAUGAGGACUCUAAUGAAGACUUGUGUGCUGUGUGUCAGACUGGUGGAGAGCUGCUGCGCUGCCAUAAGUGUUCCAAAGUUUUUCAUCUUACGUGCCAUGUUCCAGCUCUCCUUAAAUCUCCCAGCAGGGAAUGGUAUUGCUCUUUCUGCCGUGACGUUUUAGUGCCUGAGAUGGAGUACGACUGCCAACCUGAAGCCAGAACAAUAAAGAAGGAGGCAGAGAUUGAAGGUGGAUUUUCCCCUGUGGACAAACGAAAGUGUGAGAGGCUGUUGCUGCACUUGUUUUGCAGCGAGCUGAGUUCAGACUUUCAGGAGCAUGUGCCCCCCUCGGUAUGUGCUAAUAACAGGCUGACUAUAAAGGGACCAAUGAAUCUUUCCACUGUGAAAAAGCGUCUGGAGGCUAAGCCGUGUCUGUGCUACCAAAGCUCUGCAGAGUUUGUGUCGGACAUCAGGCUCAUCUUUGGAAACUCUGCAGCCCUCAGUGAGGACGACACUGAAACCGUCAUGAAAUGUAGGAAACUCAAAGAGCUCUUUGAGGAGCAGUUGAUGCUCAUCUACCAGGACCAGACCUUUCCAGACAUCAAACUGGAGAUGACGAAUACUACUCCUCCCGACUCUCAUCUCUCAUCUCUUGACAAUACGUCCCAGCUUGCAAAGCGCCAGCGCACAUGCUCAGGCUUCCAGGAUACACCGAGCUGUCCCUGAGGAGAGGAGGGCGUUGCAUGGAAGCACAAAUCUUCCUAAGCGUUUAGAUAUUUUACAGCACUGCCAGCACCAGAUAAUAUGUGGUGUGUCUAACACUUUAAUACAAACCUUCAGGUCAAAAUGCUUUAUACAGUAUGUGAAAUGAUUAAGUUGUAUUGCAAGCUAAGAUCUAUGACACAGUUAUUUCUAUUUUCUGGACUAAACGCCACAGAAGCUGUUGGUUUUAGCAAAUUUUCCAUCUCUGACUGAAGCCUGAAUAUUAAAACAUUGACUCAUGCAGCGCGUACACACAGAACAUAUUGGAAAGAUUAAGUUUAUCAUCUAUUGUGAAAAUCUGCUAACAGUAGACACACACUUCUAUUCAGUUGAGAGUAGUUAUCAAACUUAAUGGCUGUGUAGUCACUGGUCAGUUCUGGUGUGUUUUUCCUGUUUGUGUAAAUGUAGUUGUAAUCAGAUGAAGAAUGAUAACCAUGGGCAUUGAUGUUUGUGAGUUAGAAGGAAAAAAAAAUCUAAAUAGUUGACAACAGUUUGAUAUUGUUAGAUUUAGUUUAUUUAACUAAGCCUACUUUGAAGUUAUUUAAGUUAUAUAUCUAUCAUUAUUUUUAAUAUUUAUUUUUUCACCUCAUCGUGAAGAAUUAGUGCAUGUGUUACAUUACUUGAUAUCAGGAUGUCGGGAUCACUUUAAUUCAGCAACACAUUUUAUAAACACAUUGUAAACCGCCUGUCAUGCAAAUCGACAUGCAGCUACAGUGAAAUAAAUCUGAGUCUGAGCACGGA